AUGGCGGAUAGUAACAUCAUUUCCAGCAGCCUGAUAGAAAUUAGAGAAAGUUCGCCUUUUAAAAAGGGAACUUUGAAGUCGCCAUUGCCUGUAGAUGGUGGCUGGGCUUGGAUUAUUAUGCUUUGUGUUUUCUUGAAUGUUUCCUUUGUAAUGAUGUUUUUACGUUCAUCCUCGGUGCUUUUCAUUCAGUUCCUGGAGAAGUACCAGGAAUCGGCCACAAUGACAACUUUAGCUUUUGGUUUAAGUUCAGCCAUGUUUGCCAUAAGCAACAUAAUUGGGCCGACCUUUCUGUUACAUCGAUUCGAGGUACGCACGCUUGCCCUUGCUGGAAGCAUUAUCAAUUUUCUGUGUAUUUUCAUUAUUGGUUUUGCCCCAAGUAUGAUUGUUAUUGACGUGCUGAUGGGAUGUAUUGGAUUUUCACAUGGACUUAUCUUUGUACCUCAAAUGACACUUGUUGGACAUUAUUUUAAAAAACGCUUAUCCUUUGCUACAGCCUUUGUCAACUUAGGCCUGAGUAUAGGUACCAUUGCUGGUCCGCCAUUAGUUCAGUUCUUCCUGAAUACCUAUGGAUUACAAGGGGCUAUUAUGCUGUUAGCAGGAAUUAAUAUGAAUUGUAUACCCACCUCAAUGUUACUGAGACCCGAGUCGUACUACGUAGAUCCACAUGUAAAAGACGUUAAGGACAAUACUGAAAAUAUAGAGAGCAGUGAAGAGAAGUGCCAAGAGAUAAUAAUAGAAGAAUCAGAAGCAGAAUCAAAUUUAGAAAAUGUAACAGAGAAGCAGUUAGAAAUGGGACACGAGUACAAAGUAAAUAACGCAAACUCCACGGAAGAAAUCACAAUGAUGCUUAAAAAAUCCAGUUUUGUGAAGUCUGCAAGAACCAGGAGCGCUAGUGAAACCGAAAACCAUGGCACCAAGCCUUCAGAUGAUGACAGGGAGGCAACUCUAAGCAGUUCGGAGGUCAAUCUCAACGUUUCUCAUCACAGGGAAAGUAAAGUUGGUGAAGUCAUUGACAGAAUCAGCAUGUCCAGUAGUAUUAAGUACCUGACUGAUUCAAGUAUCUUUCCAGAAGGUUUGGCUCCCGGAGAGAGAACUACUCAUGGAAGGGAGCAUUCAGAAGGGGAUGAAUCACCAGUAGAAGGUCUGGUCUUACCCGUGUAUUCUGCUGAAAGUGUAAACUUCUCCGUUACUUCUGUAGCAAAUAAAUGUGUGAACAAAAUGGAAAAAACAAAAAUCAAGUUGACAUAUUCAAGUAAAAUUCGAGAAUCUGUCUCGGAGUCGAUUUAUGUUCAUCCAUUGGGCAUCUUACUUCUCAUGGCAUCUGGCUUCGGCGUACACACUCAAAGUUGUAUCGCUUAUAUGCCAGCUACAGGAAAAGAGAACGGUCUUACAGAUAACGAAAUCCCUUAUUUAGUCACAGUGAUUAAAGUUUGUGACCUCUUCAGUAAGCUAGGAAUAGGGGCCUUCGCAGACCUCGGAUACGUCAAGCGUAUUCACAUUACUGCUGUUUGCGCUAUCUUCACAGGGACUGUGAUGCAGUUCACGCCAUAUUUUAAAGGAUUUGGUCUCAUGAUUCUUUUAGAAGUAUUCCUGGGAAUCACAGUCGGAGUGACUCAUGUCAUGAUUGCAGUCAUCAUUGUUGAUAUUCUUGGAGUGAAAUAUAUGGGCCAUAUCAUGGCUGGGUAUUUUCUUGUAAACGGUAUUAUCCUUUCUGUAGAGCAUGUUGUUAUUGGCUCCAUAAAAGAUUAUACAGGUUCGUUUUUCAUUGGAUACAAUUAUAUGGGGUCUCUGAUACUGUUAAGUGCCGUCUUGUUUUUGUUGGAACCUUUGGUUUCCAAGAUUAAGCCAGUACCAAAAUAA